UCCCUUGCCCUAAUUCCGUCACUGAAACCCUGAUUUCUGUCAGUCGCUAAAAAUCAAAACCCUCAUCAGCCGCCAUGGCCACGCUAUCUCGCCUCAGAGUAGCCGCCGCCACCGCCGUCGCUUCUCUUACGCGACUCCGGCUAGCUCCGAUCACCCGCCGCUCGUACGGAUCGGCGGCUCAGCUCCAGUACGAUUACGACGACGAUUACAAUUACGACGAAAGCUCGUCGGAAAUGGAGGAUUCUCUCGGAUCGGUGUCGGGUCGGGGCAUUCAAUGGGUCGUUAUGGGUGAUCCGUUUACCAACAGGCAAAUGUACGCUGAGAAGCUUGCACAGCUUCUAAAAGUGCCGCAUAUUUCUAUGGGAACCCUAGUUCGUCAAGAACUUAACCCUAGGUCCUCGAUUUACAAACAGAUUGCGGAUGCGGUGAAUCAAGGCAAGCUUGUGCCCGAGGAAGUGAUUUUCGGUUUGUUAUCGAAGAGGUUGGAAGAAGGGUUCUACAGGGGUGAAACUGGCUUUAUUCUUGAUGGAAUUCCUCGAACAAGAACUCAAGCGGAGGUUCUUGACCAACUUGCCGAUAUAGAUUUGGUCUUAAACUUCAAAUCCACUGAAGCGUGUUUGCAGAAGAAACUAGCACAUUACCAGGAUAUUCAUAGUGUGCACAGGUCAAUGAACAAGCCAUUGGAAGACUACUACAAGAAGCAACAAAAGCUUCUGAAUUUCAACGUGGCCGGUGCGCCAGGAGAAACAUGGCAAGGACUACUAGCAGCCCUUCAUCUUCAACAUAUGAAUGCUCUCAGCUCUUCGCAGAAGUUGAGUGUAUAAUUCUUGCAGUUAACUACUUUAUGUCCGGCGAAACAAUAUACAAGUAUUAUGAGUGUAAUAUAGUUUUGUGGAUUUAGCAUUCGCUAAUAUAUCCCGAGUUACAGUUUUCAAGAGAAUAAUUUUCUUUGUUCAUUUAGUCCGACCCGAGUGUUGGUAUCAUGUAAUCUGUAAUGUAGUAACAGACAUGACCGAGAACCAUAUUUGGUCUAUCAAUUUUGUGCCUUACAUAAGUUCAAGUUUGUCUUUUUCUUUA